AGUGUCAGAGCUCACACAAACACAGGAGCAGUUCAAUAAUAACAGUGAAUGGAUAUUAUCUGCCCCAAUAUGUCUCCACACGCCAACAUUCUGCUUCUAUUCAGUCUGUGGGCCUCACUGCAGGAGGGUCUUGGUCUUCCUGUGAUGAAGGAGAGGACAGAAGACACGGGCGGUGCUCCGGCUUCUUCAGUGAGGAGCAAACGUUGUGCCUGCAGCAGCCUCCUGGAUUCAGAGUGCCACUACUUCUGCCACCUAGACAUCAUCUGGGUCAACACGCCAAGUAAGACCAGCGUUUAUGGCCUGGGGAUCGGACCGUCCCGUCGUCGGAGGUCCACCACCCGUUGCUCCUGUGCCAACCCAGACGAUUACACCUGCUCCAACUUCUGUCAGCACCAUUGUGGAGUGCCAACUCAAGCGACAGCACCUAAGAAGACUGCUAAGGACAUAUUCAGCUUUUUAAAAAUUGUCAUCAAGAGGUCCCCAUAUUCCCAGAAUGCACCUGGAGGACAGGACAGUGGACCUGCAGCUCAGUGAAAGUUUGGAUAACAGAGGGGCAGUGAGAGCAUUUCAACAAGGGCCAGUCCUUUACCUGAUGGAACAAAAUCAAACGUUGCGUCCAAAGGAAAAUGGCCAAAACGCCAAGAAGGUGUCUGUGUAAACCCAAGAUUAUGAGGCGGAAACACAGGUCUCCAGAUGCAUCAUGGGAAAUGUGAGGACGAUCAGUGACGCCGUGUGAUGAUAGACCACUGUGGUACUGGAUGGGACUCCAGUAUCAAGAUGGG